AUGCAAACACAAGUAUAUGAGGGGUUUUGUAAAAAUUAUUUUUCUCUCGCUGAACUACAAAGACAUAAGUUGGACAUACUGUUUUCUUCUUUUCUUCUUCUCUUUCUUCUAUUUCUUGUGGGUAUUAUGCCUAAUAACACAACAAGUUUAGCAAGUCCGUGGCCAGAAAACUUUUGGGAGGACCUUAUAAUGUCCUUCACUGUAUCCAUGGCAAUUGGGCUGGUAAUUGGAGGAUUUAUUUGGGCUCUGUUCGUUUGUUUGUCUCGAAGAAGAAGAGCCAGUGCUCCCAUCUCACAAUGGAGUUCAAGCAGGAGAUCUAGAUCUUCUUACAACCAUGGCCUCAGCAGAACUGGAUUUUACCGCCACAGUGGCUGUGAACGUCGAAGCAACCUCAGUCUGGCCAGUCUCACUUUCCAGCGACAAGCUUCCCUAGAACAAGCAAAUUCCUUUCCAAGAAAAUCAAGCUUCCGGGCUUCUACUUUCCAUCCCUUUCUGCAAUGUCCUCCACUUCCAGUGGAAACUGACAGUCAGCUGGUGACUCUCCCUUCUUCCAAUACUUCUCCCACCAUCAACACUUCCCACAGUCUGAGCCGUCCUGAUUUCCACUGGUCCAGUAACAGUCUUCGAAUGGGUCUUUCAACACCGCCCCCGCCUGCCUAUGAGUCCAUCAUAAAGGCAUUCCCAGAUUCUUGAGUAUAGUGAUUUUCUUGUUUCUUUUUCUGAAAGAAAAUCAGAAAUAGGCUAAAUAGAAUUAGGGUAUGGCCUAAGCAAUGAGUGAGUUUCCAAGUUGAAACAUGGUCAUGCAACUUAGGUGUUUUUAUGUAAAAUACAUUUUCUUUUAACACAAUUUUUUCCUUGUCUCAAAAAUUUAAUAUUUUCCCCAGUAUAUUUAUGUAUUUUGUAUUCAAUGUGAGGCUUAUUAAAGAUAAUGAUUCUAAUCUAAGAAUCAGUCAUGAUACAUUAUACACAUUUCAGAUUAAAAAUAAAAACUUGGCCGGCUACAGUGGCUCAAACCU